AGCACUCUGUGCUAGGGUGGUGUGCUAUUGUAGGGGAGAGACGAGAACAAUGGCAGGGAGCCUCGCUGUGGCUACAGGAAGGCGCCUGUGGAGCUGGGUGCCCCUGGCCUGCAGAAGCUUCUCUCUGGGUGUUCCUGGAAUUUAUUUUGUAAGGGUCAUGGUCCCACCUCACAAAGCGGUUGAUCGUUGGAAGAAGAAGAGGGCCAUGUUCAGUGUGUAUGAUAACAUCGGGAUCUUGGGAAAUUUUGAAAUGCAUCCCAAAGAACUAAUCAGGGAGCCCAGGUGGCUUCGAGGCUGGAAGGGGAAUGACUUGCAGCAUUGUAUCCGAAAGAAGAAAAUGGUCAGAAAUUGGAUGUUCUUUGAUGACCUGCACAACCUUAACAAACGCAUCAGCUAUCUCUACAAACACUUUAACCCACGUGGAAAGUUCUGA